ACAAAUAUUAAAGAAAUGGAAGAGAGAAUCGGUCUCGAUUGAUUCACGGGAGAACGGCUUAAGGCUGCUACUCGAACAGACGGUACACUUCUUGAGAACGAGCUGGACUUGAUGAUAGCCAACAAGGACAGCAUACACUUGGUACAUCUCUACCUACAGCAAUUCAACACGCACUGUUGGAGGUUUGAAUCAACAGAUCUGUAACAUCGGUCAUUUGGUCAACCAAUAAUCGACACCAAUACUAUAGGUGAAUGAUGGAAGGGUGCCACCAGCAGAAUAGCCGUGUCAAAGGUCACUUGCCAUACUGGCAGCGACCGAUGAGGGCGCUACCACUACUAGCAGAUGCAACACAAUACGAAGAACUGCACAAGAGGCAGUUUGCAGCUUGUCAGCUAGGGCAGGGAUAUAUCGCUCCGAGUUUCGGCUCCUUGUCUUCUCCUGGCCCAAAGACCACGGAGUGGGCCGGUUCACCACCGCCUCCCUCCCCCGUGACACCACCGAGAACAACGGCAGCUUUCAACCGGGCCGCCGCAGCGCCGACCCCCGUGCCGGUGAAGCUGACUAUGGUCCCCGGUGCCAUCAAGAUGGAACCGGACGACUCACGAUGCAGCAGCAACCUCAACCACCACCAUCACACCGACAACCAGUAUUCUGUGGUGAGUAUGAUGAACAAACACAGCACCAGCUCCACGGACCAUCACCACGAGUGUCUGAUGAAUGGUAACGACGUACUCAAACAGCGGUACAUGCAAGGUAGAAAGCGUCGCCAUAGCCGUGGUACGGCCUCGAAUGACGAUGAACAUUCAGACGGCAGCGAGGAAGGGUCUGUCAACGGAAAUUGCUCCAACUCCAAAGUCCGUCGAAAGGGCUCUCCACCCCAGAGUUACGACGACCUGCAGAACCAGCGUAUCAUGGCCAACGUGAGGGAACGACAGCGGACGCAGUCCCUGAACGACGCCUUUACGAAUCUACGGAAAAUCAUCCCCACCCUGCCUUCAGACAAACUCAGCAAGAUCCAGACUCUCAAGCUGGCCUCUCGGUACAUUGAUUUCUUGUAUCAAGUCUUGAGGAGCGAUGAGACGGACCAGAAGAUGAUCGGCAGCUGUUCGUACAUGGCUCAUGAGAGACUGAGUUAUGCCUUCUCUGUGUGGAGGAUGGAAGGAGCAUGGAACAGUAUGGCCCAACAUUAACCACAACUCAUUCUGAAGUCACGGUUUAUCUGCAUACAAUAAUAAAACAUAACGGGGAGAAUAUUUGAAUUCUUUGGACCCGCCAACAGACGACGGAAGAUGAAGAGGCUGAGAGUUCAUUUUUCCAUCGUCUUUGGAGAUUGGCAGCUGUACGGGAUAUUAAAGCAGUGUGUUACGAGGGAUGAAUUUUUAUGUGUGACAUACAGCUAAGGCAAGGACCAUGGAGGGACUUCAAAACGUUGCAGGAGAGAUUUCCCAUCAGCGAAAAACAUGUCCAAAACGGUACAUUCUUGAACUUUUCAAGUCGGCAAAACUCAUCUUUGCAUUUUGCAACAUGGCAUUAUUGUGGUGUCCACAAAAACUGAAGGAUUACCCUGUGCUAGAGGAUUAUUUGCAAAUAAUGACCCAAGUCGGAAUUCGUCCAACGUGCAACUUGGUCCGCGUCCGGAAACAGGUUUGAAAGAUGCACCAACUGGAUUUCUGUCACUUUGCUGCAAACUGGAUUCGCACUUACCCUCUGCACUUGUGCAACGGCGACGCGUGAUUGAGAUUAGUUGAAGGUUUCUGACUGUACUUACCGCCUGGCCUUCGCAGUCUACUGGCCCAUCUCAGCUUAAGACUGACUAUGCAAAAUGUGAAAUCUGACUUGUUUUCCCCUGAAGUGUUUUCUUACGGACUUGUACAUUGUACGUUCAGCAAUAAUUUAUCAAAAACAGUUUAAGAAUAUUUGAAGGAAAGUUUUUCAACGGAUGGCAUGUCUACUGCAAUUUUGCUUGCCAUGCAAUAAGCAUUUCGAAGCUGCUUGUAUGCUGUUUAAAAUUUCACCGUGCUGUAGUUAAAACAUAAGAAUGUACCGUUUCUAAUUUAAAAAGAAUCGAGUAUAUCUCGAUGUUUUAAGUUGCGAUUCUUUUUGGUUUUAAGUUCGGGUUUUCUUUUAUCUACAUUUCAUUAGAGUAGACAAAGGUGUUAUUUCUUUUUCAUGUGAUUUUUGGUAUCAAUUACUGAAGCAGUAAUCAUUGCUUUUAUCGAUGUCCAGAAUAGAGCCCCACAAUCGAGCAAACAGACAGAACACUGCGUUCAUCCCAAGGGUCACCAAACCUUCCACGAGUUCCCAAAUUUGUUCUAGGGAACCGUUGCCACCUUGAGAUCGACAUUUUUCAAAGUCCGUGUAAGAAUGAAGUAAAGGCACGAAAAGUGUACACGUAGAUGCUUUAUAGGGCUUUUUUAAUCAAAAACAUCGGUCUUUACUGACAAUUACAGCUGAAGCUAGAUGGCGAAGAUUAAAUUGUAGUUUGUAGAUUAGAGUAUAAGGCGGUGUUUCGAAAUGUUGCAAAAUUCUUAUCUCGUUGAGAUGAACUUGUUUCAUAGAACACAACGUACUUGUUUGUUAAGCUGUGUCGUAGGGAGAGACACCUUAUAUACCUAGGUGUUCAAGAGAGAAAAUAUAAAUUAAAUACUUCUCCAACCCCCCCCCCCAAAAAAAGGUUAAUUUUUGGCGAGUCAUUUGAGAAACUAGCGUGUUUGGAAUCUGACUUGGGAAAAAGCCUUUCUCCUCCAAAGUGGCCCUGAAUAGGGGAAAUGUACCCACAGUCUUGUCUAAUUCGCACUCGGACACCAUUUCUGAAUCAAGAAAUUGAAUCAUCAAAGGCUUUGUCAGAAUAACUUGGCUGGGCUUAACAGAAAUAUGGGAAGUGGUUGUAGCCGCUAAUCAGGAGCCUCAUAGGCACACGCGUUAUUGCUAGCCGCAGGAAGUAAUUCAGAUUCGGCUUGGUAAUCCAAUCCAUCGACCCAUCCUAUGAUAGGCACCUUCUACGGUUUAAACAAGCUGUAUACAAGUUUCCGUUUCUGCUCUGAACUUAUCUGAUACGUCACUACGCGCGCAUGGGUAAUGACGUCACUACGCGCAUGGGUAAUGCGCACACAGCUAAAGCCAGAUUUGCUUGCCUUUCAUCUUUCUUGAACCAGACAUUCAGUUUUAUGAAGCUGUAAGCAGAAAAUAGUCGAAAUUACAAGUGACUAUUAUUCUGAAACACACUUUCUGUUUCCUGUUCUAAGUAAAAUUGGAUAUUGCUGGUUUACUUUCUGUAAUAAGUAGAUAGUUCAUCUUGAUGAUUUCAAGGGAUAUGUAGAUGCUGAGUAAUGGAAACUUCUUUGUUAUCGGACUGAUAUUGAAAUCAGAACUGUUAACGCUAAUGUCCUCUUUGUAUGUGUGUAAUUAACGAUUUCAAGUGCACAUAAUUUUGUACAAAAAGUGCCUAGUUUUGUGAUUGUAUGUUGUAUUUAUUUUAUAGCUCUCAAAUCGCAAAGAACGUUCAAUACAAGCCAGUCCAAUUUUAUAGAAAUUCACGUACUUCAAUUACCUUUUUAUUCAUACAUUAUGCAAAUAGUAUGCAAAUUGCAUGCAUGUUACGUUGUUUCCAAGUCUAAGUAGUGGCGAGCCUUAUAUUUCUUGUGCCAGGUUGGACCCUGUUUUCAAGCCUGACACUCCUUUAACCUUACUUGUGAUUAAGGCUUGCACUUUUUUUGUAAAUAAAGUGAUUUUAGAAAUAUUAA